CUCUCCGCCUCUCCUUUAACUCCCCCCUCCUGGGCUCUGGACUCUAGUCUCCUCCCCUAGCCUGCUGCCCUCAGUCCCCAGCUAGGCUAGGGCUCCUGCUCCAUUCCCAGCUUUGGCUCUCCCUCUCUCCGGCACCCCCAUGCCUUCUCUGCCUGGCCCCCCACUCCCUCAGCCUCCCCCAGCCCCUCACUAGGCCCCCUCGAAAAUCCCGGGUUGCUGAAGUGUGGGCAGGGGUGUGUGUGUGUGUGUGUGUGUGUGUGCGCGCGUGUGUCUGUAUGUGUCUGUAUGUGUCUGUUUGUCUAUGUGUGCGUGCAUGUGUGUAUAGAAUCUGCAGGCGGAUUGGGGGGGGCCUGGAAUCUUGUGGGGUUAAGCAUUGUAAGGAAGGGGGUUGGAGAAGAGUAGGAUAGGGGGAAAUCGGAGGUGGGGCAAGCAAUCUAAGGGGAAACGGGGAAGCCUGAGCAGUAUAGGUCAGAGACUGAGACCCCUGUGGGAUAGCCCAGGCUGUGUGUGGCUUUGGGGGAAGUUGGUGCCUCCACCCCCCCAGGCCUUGGCAGGGGGGGUAAUGGGGGCCCACCAUCCUGGGCUGGGGGGCGUGAGAGUCGGGGGGCUGCUGCUGGGCCUCUUGGGGCUGGUGUCGGGUCUUAGCCUGGAACCUGUCUACUGGAACUCGGCGAAUAAGAGGUUCCAAGCAGAAGGUGGCUAUGUGCUCUACCCCCAGAUUGGGGACCGACUGGACCUGUUAUGUCCUCGGGCCAGGCCCCCUGGCCCACACUCAUCCCCAGACUAUGAGUUCUACAAGUUGUACCUGGUUGGAGGAGCCCAGGGCCGGCGCUGUGAGGCCCCUCCCUCUCCUAACCUGCUCCUGACCUGUGACAGACCUGACGUUGAUCUCCGAUUCACCAUCAAGUUCCAGGAGUACAGCCCCAACCUGUGGGGACAUGAGUUCCGUUCACACCAUGACUACUACAUCAUUGCCACAUCAGAUGGGACCCGAGAAGGCCUGGAGAGUCUUCAGGGUGGUGUCUGCCUGACCAGGGGGAUGAGGGUACUUCUCCGUGUGGGACAGAGUCCACGAGGAGGGACAGCUCCUCGAAAACCUGUCUCUCAAAUGCCAAUAGAGAAGGACCGAGGCGCAGCACACCGCCUAGACCCCAGCAAAGAGAAUAUGUCAGGUGAUUCCUCCAGUAAUGCAACUUCCCGGGGUACAGAGGGCCCUCUUCCUCCCCCUAGCAUACCAGCAGUGGCUGGGGCAGCUGGGGGACUAGCCCUGCUCCUCCUGGGUGUGGCAGGGGCAGGGGGAGCCAUGUGUUGGCGAAGACGGCGGGCCAAGCCUUCAGAGAGCCGACAUCCUGGGCCAGGCUCUUUGGGGAGGGGAGGAUCUGUGGGGCUUGGGGGUGGGGGAGCAGGAGGAGUAGGUCACCGAGAUACUGAGCCUGGAGAGUUGGGGAUCCCUCUGAGGGGUAGUGGGGCUACAGAUCCCCCCUUCUGUCCCCACUAUGAGAAGGUGAGUGGUGACUAUGGACACCCUGUAUACAUCGUGCAAGAUGGGCCACCUCAGAGCCCUCCAAACAUCUACUACAAGGUGUGAGAGCCCCCAUACACACUCACACAACCUGGGUUUCCCAGAGACAUCCCAGGGAUGCCCUGCAGUCUCAAUUGUGGUUUGAGGGAAUUCCUUCUUCCCCAGUACUUUCUCUUGGAAUCCUGAUCUGCUGCCCCUUCAUUCUUCCGACCAUCUCCCCAAGUUUCCAGGACCCCUUAAAAGACCAUCCUAUCAAAUUUCUCCCCCCCCAACCCCCACUCCCAAUAAGCCAUUUCCUACUCUCCAGUUUGUGGUCCUGCCUUCUGCCUGGCUGCAGUGAGGAGAGAGGUAGAGACAAUAGGCUUCUCUGCCUUGGUAUCAAUUCUGUUGGUGCUCACCUUGCCCUCUUGGUGGGGGCAGAAUCUCAAGUCUCUGGCAUUGGAUGUCUUUGUCUCCUCUGUUGUAUAGUUUCUUUUCCUGUUAGUCUUUUCUCAAUCUCUUUGUGCCUGUCUCUGCUAUCCCUCACUUCUCUCCCUUUCUAAUCCCCUUCUAUCCCUAUUCUUUCUACCCUUUCAAGUCCUUUUCCCCCCUCUCCUGCGGGUGGGGAAAGUCUUUAAUCUUGCUCCUUCUCUAUCCUUUAACCUCUCACACUGAGAACUCCCCCUACAGCCCUCCAAAGAUUUGGGGCCUUAAGGAGAAGGACCCAGUCUCCAGCCCAGUUUAGGGGCAGACAGCAGAGUCUUCUCCCCUCCCCCAAUGCCUACUCCCUCAAAUCCUCUAUUCCCUUCAGCCAGUGAGGACAACUGGGCAAAAUGGUGACUCUGCCUUUGGAGGAAGUGACCCAUUUUGCCUUUGAAGUGGCUAGGGCUGGGUGGGAAAUGAUUGUUGCCAGGGCAAGAAAGGAACUGUCUUGGAAAGGAAGCAUCAAAGCCUGGCACCGCACUGAAUGGGCCUCUGCUGGAACAGACAAGAAAGGGACCUGCCUUGAUGGGCAUUGACAAGGCCUGAACAGAAAUGUUCCCUGAAUUGGCAGGAAGCAAUGCACUUGGAAUAGGAAGUGCCUUCAACCAGGAUGAGAAGGGACGUUUCCAAUGCAGGAAGUGUGGCUAGAACUGGAAGUGACAUAAGCUGGGUGGGUGGGAGGUGGACAGUGUUUCCUCUAAGGAGGGAGGUUGGAUGGAGCCUCCUAAUUCAGGAGGAAGUUGGAGUUAACUAGGAGGAGAAGGGGGUGGGGGAGGCAGGUGGGGAAGGGGACCAGGGGUGUGCUUUAAUGAGAGGUGGCAGUGAAGGUGGUGUUGGUACCAUUAUCCCAGAAUCCCCUUCAGCCAAACUCCAUCUACUUACUGUUUGUGGCAACUAAAAUAAUGCCUAUCUAUUGCUACCACAGACGAGUUUCAGCUUGCCCUCAUUCCUCCUUCGAAUUACCAACCAACAGGACUGCCCUAACAAGCAAAAUGUGCCCUUCCCAGCCCCACACCAACAUGGCUGCUUUGGCUCAUGGUACCCUCCAUUUUCCUACCCAUUCCCUUCCCAACCAACACAGUUUCUUCCUUAGUAACAGAAAUGGUGUCCUCCCAACUGGUUCAGCCCACAGCAGCCCUUGGCAACUGCAGAUGCUGUCAUAGUUACUAGCUUAGACCUCAUCCUGCUCUCCAGUACAACCAUCUCAAUUGGGUGCUGCUUCAGUUUCUUCUCAGCCCACUUCCAGAGUGAACCUUGGCUAACAAGAUGGUGACUCUUGAUAAUAAUGAUUCCCCUAGUCACCAGUCAAGAUGGCUGCCUUGGCCGUUGCAUUGGAGACUAAGUCACCUCUCUGGUUCUGCAGCUCCCAGUUCCUUCCUGGUUUUUUUUUUAGUCCCUUCCCCCAGGGAACAGGAAGUUGACAUUGCCAUGGAGGAGGCAGCUGGGUAUGGCUGUCACCUCAAUAGUUUUACUGUAAAAGGGAAAUUUGAACAACAAAAGAAAAAAGAAUAAAAAAAUACAAAAGCAGAA